UCCGUCCCACACCCACUUUCUCCUCUCCUCUACUGGAACUCCAGCCGUGCUCCACUUCAUUGCUGGACCUUGAGAGCGUCAUCAUGGUGUCUGCGGGGAAACAGAUGUUCGGGUUGGCGCUGGCCGCCGUCGGCUUCCUGGGGUGCAUCAUCAUCUGCGCCCUCCCCAUGUGGAAGGUGACGGCGUUCAUCGGCGCCAACAUCGUGACCGCUCAGGUGAUCUGGGAGGGUCUGUGGAUGAACUGCGUGACCCAGAGCACGGGCCAGAUGCAGUGCAAGGUCUACGACUCCAUGCUGGCGCUGCACCGGGACCUGCAGGCUUCCCGCGCCCUGGUCGUCAUCGCCAUCAUCGCCGGGGCCUUCGGCCUCCUGCUGGGCGUGGUCGGCGGGAAGUGCACCAGCUUUGUGGAGGACGAGCGGCAGAAGUGCAAAGUGGCCAUCGCGGCCGGGGUCGUCUUCCUCACGGCGGGGGUGCUGGUGCUGGUUCCCGUCUGCUGGACUGCCAACACCAUCAUCCGCGACUUCUACAACCCCGUCAUGACCAACGCCCAGAGGAGGGAGCUGGGGGCCGCGCUCUACAUCGGCUGGGGCUCAGCGGGACUCCUCUUGCUGGGCGGGGGGCUACUCUGCAGCUCCUGCCCCCGCAGGGAGGAGACCGACUACGACGUGAAGUAUUCCAAGGCCCGCUCCGUGGACAGCAGCCGGGCCUACGUCUAGGACUUGUCACUGAACACGUGGAGGCCAGUCUACAUGACCUGGAUCCAUCAAGCGGGUGCAGUGCCAUUUCAUCACUUUGGGUCAUUUGUUACUUCAAGUAUGAUGCUAAUGCUAAUGCUAGUGCAUUCCUCCAAGACGAGUCAACAAUCUUGCCAAGAAGCUAAUCUGGUUUUUCCAGUGUUGAUGCUGAAAUUAUCUCAAACAAGCAACAAAACAUCCAGAUUUCAUUUGUUGUUGUUUUUUUAAUCAGUAUUCCUAUUUUUAUGUUUUUGUCCUCAACACUGUGAC